GGAGUCCUCUCUGAUAAACUGAUAUGGCUGCUGCACUUUGGAAACCUAAAUCUGUGGACUCAGGCUUGUGGAUCCUCCUCCUGCUCCUCAGCAUCCUUCCUGCAGCAAGGGCAGUAGUUGGGCACAGAGAGCCGUUGCCAGAUGAUACUAAAGACAAUAUCACCAUUUUCACCGAAAUCCUUGACAGGCUGUUGGAUGGAUACGACAACAGGCUACGUCCUGGGCUAGGAGAGAGCGUGACAGAAGUGAGGACGAACAUCUACGUGACCAGUUUUGGGCCCGUGUCAGAUACAGACAUGGAAUACACCAUCGAUGUCUUCUUCCGCCAAAGCUGGAGGGAUGAGAGGCUGAAGUUUGACGGGCCUAUGCAGGUUUUACCCCUCAACAACCUCCUGGCAAGUAAAAUCUGGACUCCUGAUACAUUUUUCCACAAUGGGAAGAAGUCAGUGGCCCACAAUAUGACGACUCCAAACAAACUGCUACGGCUAGUGGACAACGGCACGCUGCUUUACACAAUGAGGUUGACCAUUCAUGCCGAGUGUCCUAUGCACCUGGAGGAUUUCCCGAUGGAUGCACACGCCUGUCCUUUGAAAUUUGGAAGUUAUGCUUACACCAACAACGAGGUGAUCUACCUGUGGACUCAGGGAGACGAGCGGUCCGUCGCUGUGGCAGAGGAUGGCUCCAGGCUCAACCAGUAUGACCUACUGGGACACGUAAUUGGCAAAGAAACCAUCAGUUCCAGCACAGGAGAAUAUGUAGUGAUGACAACAUAUUUUCAUUUGAAAAGGAAAAUUGGCUAUUUUGUGAUUCAAACCUACCUCCCGUGCAUCAUGACUGUCAUUCUGUCUCAAGUCUCCUUCUGGCUAAACAGAGAAUCUGUUCCUGCCCGCACUGUAUUUGGGGUCACCACUGUCCUAACCAUGACCACCCUGAGCAUCAGUGCUAGAAACUCCCUUCCUAAGGUGGCCUAUGCCACGGCCAUGGACUGGUUCAUGGCUGUGUGCUAUGCCUUUGUCUUCUCUGCCCUGAUUGAGUUUGCCACAGUCAACUACUUCACCAAGCGCAGCUGGGCAUGGGACGGCAAAAAAGAGGGCAUGGAAAUAAGGGAUGAGGACUGCUCCGGAUAUUCUCCUGACCUGGCUGUCCACAUAUGCACCUCACAGCGGGAGUCUAUCCGUGUCAGACAGGAGGGGGGCGGGGGGUCUCCUGAGGAACCGUUUCAGGCUAACAUGGCCAGGAUUAAAGAUAUGAGGAGAGAAUCGUCGACUUUGUCCAAAAAGGCAAACAACACCUUCAACAUUGUCGGAACCACGUACGCCAUCAACGUGGCUAAAGACCAGGGUCUAACCACCAUUUCCAAGAGUGCCCCCGCACCAACCCCCAAACACCACUAUCUGCAUAGAAUGGAUGACCCCUACACGGAGGCCAAGAAGUCCUACAACCGUGUCAGCAAAGUGGACAAGAUAUCACGCAUUAUUUUCCCUGUUCUGUUCUUCAUCUUCAACUUAGGCUACUGGGCCACAUAUGUCAACAGAAAGCCCGCCAUCAUGAAGGCAAACAACCUAAACUGAGUCCGACCAAACCCUAGACUAGAUCUGUUAGUGGUGGAGAGUAGACAGGUUUGCAGGAGGCCAGUCCAUAACAUCUUAUCGUGUGUGUGUGUCUGAAUGUGUGUGCGCAUGUUUUGUGUGUCUGUUUUUUCCUCGAGCGUUUGAUAUUUUGCACGUCUGUAUAGAUGGAAGGCAAAUUUUAACAUACAGUAGACACACCUCGGAGGGAGCACAUCGUCACAUCAGACUGUUUUUGUGUAGCGUUUCUUUUCUCCACACUUAGCUCUGGCCCUGUUCCCCUUGUUGUGACUAACCAAGUGAUCCUCUGCUGUAUCUUGACUGCUUGCUGUUUUGUAGAGUAGUCAAUCUGUGUUUUCACUAUGUUUUGACAUGUUGGCGCCUUGCUUAUAAUAAGUUAGAGCGAGCAUGCCUUUGAAGUUUUCAUUGUGGCUCAUUACCGCUGAUAAGGUUCUGACACAUCCAUCGAGUUAACAUGCAUGCGCGCGCACACACACACACACAGUGAUGCACUGGAAAAAACGCCUUCGGUUGCUGCACUGGGCUCCAGGGCGGCCUGUAUAGGUUCUAUAGGAACAUCAUUAAUAAUCGUCAGUGUCUGGCCUGAAUCUCAACAAACCCGACGCAGUACCACGGGGAUUGCUUUGGCGUCCCAUGGGGGCUGCCUGCACAUUUUAUAGUCCAGUGGCUCUUAUUGUUUUAACUGGCUGAGUAUGUUCAAUGACAGAGAAGCUAUGUGCCUUGGUGAAUAAACACACAUGAUAAAGGAGAAGGCUCUGACACGCUAACACGUACACAUAAUGUCUGUGUGUAUGUUACAUACCAACUGGUGUCCACAGGCUCCGCACACCGCAGUAUGUGGCUCUCCUCCACCAACCCCUCCUCGGCCCUUGGGCAUGGGCACCCGGUGUAAAAUUGCCCAUUAGUGUGGAAGGUUAAUAGACCUCUGCCUGUGAAAAGAUGAAGCAAAGAGAUUAAAGGCUCCACGGUAGUCCAGAACAAUUAUCACGUGCAUUUAUGUUUUGGCUAACUGGUGCGAUAUCUCCAUGAGCAGAGUGGUCCAAAACUAACUACCACCAUUACCUCAAACAGGAGUUUUGAUUCUGAAUAGGAGUUUAUUUCUGUGGAAAUACAAUUAACACAAGAUGUUUAAUACUUUAAAGCCUACACACUCUUUUCUUCACAUGAGUUGUAUUUCUUUGCUUCUCUGCAUCUGUAGCCAUUUUUGACCCUAGUUUGAUUUUUUUUUUUUUUUCUGCCUUCUGUCAAGAUUUGGUUUCACGUUGAACUUUCGCCUUUUUCUACUUGUUUGUGUGAUGUGAAUUGGUAUCGAUUUGAUUGUCUACAUAUGCUGUACUUUUCUUGUGUUUUGCUGUAGACAACAAAAGGCCAAUACAGUAUGUCUUCACAAACUUUGGCGAUACUUUCAUCACUGGAGAUUAUAACCCUGAAAAAUGCUUUCAAAUCUGGAAAUGACAACAGAGGAAUGCCUGAUCCCUACAACACUAAACUAAUUAAGUUAAUUAUCUAUUCAGUACCAAUGAAAUGCAAAAUUAAAGGUACAAAAAUGAUCACUUUCCAAAAAAAACUAUCCAUAAAUCCGAUACGUCUCCAGUUGUGGUGACUGUCUCCAACUUUUCUUUUCUGUUUGUUAAGUGAAAUCUGUGUUUCUGUUACGUGUUGGAUUUUGUUUCGUGUUUUAACACAGAUGUUUUAUGAUUCUAAAAUUAUGUCUGUUUCUUUUAUUCACCGGAUGCACUCUGGAUCUUUUUCAUUAUAUUGAGCGUAGACUCUUUGAUGAACACUGUACUUUAGACGCCAACAUGCAGUGGAUCUGUUCAAACUGUGUCUUCAGUGGUAAGCAUAGAAGAAUGAGUGGACUGUGUUGUUGCCUCUUCACAAAAAGGUGUUAAUAACACGAAACAUGUACAAUGUAUCAGUCAUAGGUUAAUGCAUGACAAUCUGUACACGUGUAUGUCUGCAACCUCCAAUAAUGGUGUUUGUCGCACUAAAAUAGGGCUUAGUAUUAAUGUUUCUGUACUCAUGACUAACACAUCACUUCAGCAUCAUUGGCAUAAACGCACUUACAGUAAACAUGUUGGUUGUGCUAACAGUUUACAGCUAGCACGGCGCUCUGAAACUGUUUUUACCCUCGUCUAGUAGUACAGAGCGUAGGAUUAUUAUAGUGGACUAUCACAUACUCACACCCCUGGCUCUGCUUUCAUUUCAGUUACAAAUAUUGUAAAACAAAAGGAGAAAAAGAAUGAAUGUGCUUGAUUUAGUUCUUAACUUGGAGAUCACUUUUCAAACUAGUAAUUGCAAGCUCAGCCGAGGCAAACAACAUGAAGGGUCUUUUUUCAUUUUUCUUUUCAAAACCUAAUAUUAAAAAGAAUGAUAAGAUAUUUAUUUCUUAUCUGUUUUAUUAGGAUUCAAAGUUCAUCAGUCCCACUAACUACACUUUUGCACUGAUUCGAUUAUAUUUGACAUGUUAGUUCAUUAUACAUUGUAAGAGACAGAUCAUUUUACCAUUGAAUCAUAUCAAAACAUGUCUAAAAAUCAUCUUUCCUCAAGCUAAAGACACCACAAAGAGACUUCUGCUAACCAGAGAUCUGACCUACUAAAGGAACAGCAUGACUAGCCACUGGUAAACUCUCAAACAAUGGCCGAUCUAAAACGUAAUAAAUCAUGACAUCAUCAUCUCUGGAUGAGAUUUGUGAGCACCUCAUAAAGUUUCAUACCCACGUCAGAAUAAUAAUUACAAACCAGGUGAACAUGUCCCUGUUAAAUACUGAUACUAAAUGUGUCUACUUAUUUUAUAUCAUGUGAAGUUAAUCAGUCAUCAGCAGCUGACAGUAUGACAUUUAGAACAAAAUAUAUUUCAUGAUCUGGCAAAAUGGUUCCUACUUUGAAGCAUUCUGUCUCUUUUUCAGACUUGAUUUUUAUAUUUCUGUCUUAAACAAACUGAGUCAUGAUAUAUAUCAGCUGAGGCUGUCCAAAGCCUGCUUGUUGCAGCUAAUUCAGAAUCUGAUGACAGCAAGUGCUAAUGUUUAUGCAGGAGUCCUUUGAGUAAUGUGAUCAAGGUUCUGUAGGUUAAAAGUUACGAGAAGACGCAGCAGCAGCCAUAUUGUUGAGGUACAUUUGUGUUAUAACUGAAGGUCAUGAGUGACACAAUCAGUAAGUAAAUAUCACCACUACACACACGCCUCUAGUCGGUUCACUUAUCCAGUAUCUCAUGGAAAUUUCAUGUGUGUUCAGUUGUUCUAAUAUCAGUGCCAAAAAUGACACCAAUAAUGCCUAACUCUCAGUAUUAGCAUGUAGCCCCCCCCCCCACCCCCAUCCAAAAAAAAGAUUUGUUUCUUCUUUUCAAAACAGAAGCCCACUCAGCAGCGAUUAUACUAGUAGAGAGGGCAACAUCAGUUAAAGCUAGAAAACUAUCAGUGUUUGCAUAUUUUAUAAUUAGACAGACACAAAUGGAAUUUGUUUCAGUGUUAAGAUUCUCUCAAUGAGCUGAGCCAGUUAUCGAUAUUGGAGAGGGGAAAAAAAUCUGAUACCGAUAUAUCGGCCAAUAUAUUUCUUUAAACUAUGAAAUCUGUAGAGAUAGACAUACACAUGUAUUGGCUGAUUGUCCAAAUGGGAAUCAAACGCUUGUGGAAAAGAUAUAUAACAAAGACAAAAUGGUCACUCGACUGGAAAGUAACUGUGCCUGUUCGUGACAUCCUGGAGAGUGAUAAAAAAACAAUGGUUGUAAUCCAUAUAGCGCCCUCUGCUGGUGACAGAAAAGUGUUAGUGUAAUACAAUGAAACUCAAAUGAAAUGCUAUUUGACUGGCGAAUAAAUCUGUUAAAUUAUGGCAAAUAUCUGCGAUAAAAUAGCCGAGACAGAUAGUCACUGGAUAAGCUAAUAUUGGCUGAUCCAUUUCCUGAAAAUCUUUUAGAUUUAUGUAUUUUUUGCAAGAUGGCGUUCAUUGUUCACAUACAUUUAAAGUCUGCCAGUCAUUAAAAAAAAAAAGGGAGAAAAAACACUUUCAGAGCCACACGACCACAACCUCUCUGCAGCUCAACUACAGUAGAAUCUCUGUCAUCCAAACUGCUCACACUGACGGCUAGAGAAACAUGCCAGAUUGCAAAAACAAGUGGCUGUAAAAGAAGAAAUGAUAUUUAGAAAAGUACUGUUAAAGAAUGUGCAUGUAAAAAUGUCAUAUUGAGUGAAGAGUUUGUGGUAAUUCAGGGUGUUAUUCCUGAGCGGUUUUGAUAAAACAGGACUCUACUGUAUUGUUGCCAUUUAGCUUUGGUUAUUAUGGUGUUUUUAUUUGUGUGGUAAAUCUUUUCCUCACAGGGCCAGAGUUAAAUUCAGCAGAAACAUGUCAUCCUAUAAGAUACAGUAUAUUAAGAGCAUAUGACUAUAUGGAUAUAUUUAUGCUAUUCCGUACAGCAUUAAAUAUUAUAUAUGUUUUAUACGACAUAAUCUCUACAGCAUUCAUGCAAAUCUCUUGAUGGGUAGAAAGCCUUAGACAAAUAGACAAACUGAAGAAAUUAUUAUUAACUAAAUGGCAACAAUUCUAAUUAGUCAGAAUAGUGUUUCCAAGUUGUGAAUUUGUAUAUAUUGUGAAUUCAAUGCCAAUAGUUUUUGUGAAUAUUGAUAUGUCACGUCAUUUAUUUUUACAUCUGAUAAGUACCGCUGUCUUACAUUGAGCUCUGUAACACUGAGUGUUAUGGUAUUUUACAGACGUACAGUAGAGGUAUUAUUCAUUGAGCUCCGUACCAGAUCAGUACCUUGUGUGCACUUUUCAAACCUAACUGUGAAUUAGCAGAUGACUGCGAGCGGAGUCGUACACGCUGUGUUCUCUCUCCAGAAAUUUCACUGCAUGUCCCCGCGCGUUGAGAGAUCAGAGACUUCCUCCACAAAGACAGCUCUGGGAACAUAGUGGACUCUUGUGUUAUUGUUGGGAAGUGGCUCUCUACAGUGUAUGCUCAGUGACUGGACUCUGUAUGUUGCCCUCUCUCGUUCAUGUUCUUACUGUCUGACAUGUAGCGAAUGGAAAUGGGGAUUAAAAAGGACGUUGUAUUUUG